AUGGCGAUCGAUCCGGCAGGAAAAUGUUCAAAGUGGAAUAUUUUGGGGAAAGCUCGACAUUCACAGCGAGAGAAACGCGAUCGUCGAGUCAGGAGACAAGCAUGAAGCCUGAUCACAAACCUGAAGUCGAGUUCCUGUAGGAGCCCGUCCACCUGCAGGACAACAUCUGAGACCAACGUAUCGCUAACGCUGUCCCACUACCAGGAUGUGGAAACCAUAGCAACAGACGAGUCCUGUGUGUCCUGAGGAUGCCUCUGUGUUUUAUCAAAGUGUGAAGCAUUAUCCAAGACUGGGCUUCUGCUGAGUCUGAGGAAGACAGGCUAUAUCAUGGAUAUUGCCAUGGAAGACCAACUUUUGGAGGACAUUGUAAUGUGCACACCACAACAAUAAUCAACAUGAACCUUCUUCUGGGCUGACACCCCUCCAUAAAAGCUGCCAUGGCUUUUUGUAAUGAAAGCCUGCUGGAAGAGUGCAGCUUCCUGGGGCCGGACAGUGUGGAGGAAGCCGCAGAAAGUCUCCCUUCAGAAGCUGCGACUCCCCUCAUAUCGGUCACUCUGCGGGUGACCCUGGCGGCCAUAAUGAUCUUCAUGAUAACCAUCGGAUUCCUCGGCAACGCUAUCGUGUGUCUGAUUGUUUACCAGAAACCCGCCAUGCGUUCUGCAAUCAACCUCCUCCUCGCCACGUUGGCCUUCUCGGACAUCAUGCUCUCCCUGCUCUGCAUGCCCUUCACUGCGGUCACCGUGGCCACCGCCGACUGGAGCUUUGGGAGCGGGUUCUGCCGGGCGUCCAUCAUGCUGUACUGGCUGUUCGUCCUGGAGGGGGUGUCCAUUCUCCUGAUCAUCAGCGUGGACCGCUUCCUCAUCAUCGUGCAGCGGCAGGACAAGCUGACCCCUCACAGAGCCAAACUGUUGAUCGCAGGGUCGUGGCUGCUGAGUCUGUGUGUGUCCCUGCCCUCUGUGAUCGGGUGGAGGACCAGUACAGCGGGUAUUGGGGGAUCCUGGGCGCCGCAGUGUGUGCUGGGAUACAGUGAUUCCCUGGCAGACCGUGGAUACACAGUGCUGUUAGCAGUAGCAGUGUUCUUUGUACCUUUCGCUGUCAUGCUGUACUCUUACAUGUGCAUCCUCAACACGGUGCGCCGCAACACCCUGCGCAUCCACAACCACACCAACGAGCACUCCUGCCUGCCAGCCCUCAACCAGGUCAGCAAGAUGAGGCUCAGCGGGCUGCAGCGGCCUCCUCAGAUCAAGGUGGACAUGAGCUUCAAGACCAGAGCCUUCACCACCAUCCUCAUCCUCUUCGUGGGCUUCUCUGUGUGCUGGUUGCCUCACACGGUGGUCAGCUUGCUGGCGGUGUUCAGUCGGCAGUUCUACUACAGCUCCGUGUUUUACCCCAUCAGCAUAGGCGCUCUGUGGCUCAGCUACCUGAAGACGGUGUUCAACCCCGUCAUCUACUGCUGGAGGAUCAGGAAGUUCAGGGAGGCCUGUCAGGAGUUUAUACCCAAGAGCUGCAGACUGUGUCCCAGGGUGCCGGGCAGGAGCCACAGGAGGGUGAGGCCGAGCAAUAUCUACGUGUGCAGCGAGACUCAGUCGGCUGUGUGAAACCAGUGGGCUUUGACACCCGGAAAAAUAGUUUGGACUCCUUGUCCUCACAAUAAAGCGGUGCAGUGAUGACCUCGGCCGACCUGGAAGUUAGCAUUGCAAAGGUUUCCUCUGCCAAAAGCGAUUACUGCAGUAACAACUAUUCUACCUGGGAUCAAUUUAAAUGAUAAGACAUCAAAACAUCACAUUAUUGACUAUCCGCAAUGGAGUAGUGCAAGUAUUUUAUAGGUAGACCCAGAAGUCAGCAUAGCAAGAGUUCCCUCUACAAAAAGUAAAGGAUUUUUUCAUUGGAUUUAGGUAUACUUCAGAAAUGUAGUUCUUUGGCAAAUACACAUGUAUGAUACUUAACAUGUUUUGUUCAGCAGGAUAAACUUGACGAUUAUCAAGACUUUGAUUUUGAGCGUAACUGCAACCGGAAGAAGUAAAAAGCUAUCAAUAGGCUCUAACAAACUACAUCCUUGUCACGUGGCUGCAGGUCAUCACCGCUGAGCUAAAGGCGGACUCAAGUGUGGGGUGAUGACGUUCAGUAAUCUUAUUGAGCCAUUUGUUAGCAACUGCCGUUUUUAUGACACAUAAAAAGCUCCGGAAAUUCACAAGUUGUUUUUUACUAACAUAUUUUAUGUUGUAGAAAAACCCGUCAGAAUCUCAUAAGCUUGUGUUAACCAAAGACCUUAUUUCAGGCCUCUAACCAAAAGAACGUUUUAAAUUACCGUAAAAUAAUAUACUGGUUAUUGACUAAAGAAACUCAUUUCAAGAAUGAACUUCCUUUUAUAAUUUUUAAGCCACCAUGGAUGAAAAGUUCUUAAAGUGAUCACAGAUAUUACAAUUUGAACAACUCCAUGACAAUUGGACAUCCACUGAGGAAGGUCACGUGAUUUAAUUGAAAGCUCCAGAAGUUUUUAUUAUUAAUGUUCUGAAACGUAUUACUGCCAUCCAAACAGUUUUAUAUCCUUCAUUGUCAAUUCACCUCUUUGUUUCCGAGUUUGUGACUGAAUUGUUUCAAGAAUGUUAUCCUGUUUCUUCUGACUGAUAAGUAGUUGUGAUAAUAAUUAUCUUGUGAGUUAUGUGAUGAAUUUCACACAAAAAAAGCAUACAGGGUAUUGAUGUUCAGCAACGUUUUCAAGGGACAGUGUGUAAGCUUUUCAACUGACGUCUUGUUUAAAAAAUACAUUGUUUAAAAUGAUAUCUGUGCAGAAACACAAACUUGUGUGAUUGAAAAUUGUAAUUUAAAACCAUGAGUGUAAACAAAGACGUGUGCCAGUUAUUGAGCUGUGAAUGUUUACUUGAAUGUAUCAUCUUCCCAUGAAUAACAAAAACCAGGUAAAUAAAUGCAAUUUUUAAAAGA